AUUUGCGAUCACCUGAUGUAAACCUGUCGAGAUGCACUCCAUUCUAAUUUAAAGGCCUUACAAUGUUUUAAAUGGCUUUUUACUUUAGAUUAUAAACGGUAUGGAUGUAAUUACGGGACUACUUGCUUAAAUGUUGCUGAACGCUAGCAUACAAGCUAGCAUACUUCUGUAGCAGCCUCCGCAGAGCAGUGAAGGUGCCCUGCUAAUAAAAUGGACUGCGGAGUUUAAAUGAUGAACCAAGGCACGCGGUCAUAAUGAGGAGUCGCAGUAACUCGGGAGUACGACUUGAUGGUUAUGCCAGGCUGGUACAUGAGACGAUCUUAUGCCAUCAGAACCCAGUGACCGGCCUGCUGCCUGCCAGUUCCCAGCAGAAGGAUGCCUGGGUGCGGGACAAUGUCUACAGCGUCCUGUCUGUGUGGGCGCUGGGGAUGGCCUAUCGGAAAAACGCUGACCGCGAUGAGGACAAGGCCAAAGCCUACGAACUGGAGCAGAGUGUGGUGAAGCUGAUGCAAGGUCUUCUUCAGUGCAUGAUGCGACAGGUGGCCAAAGUGGAGAAGUUCAAACAGACCCAGAGCACAAAGGACUGUCUUCACGCCAAGUACCACACUCCCACCUGUGCCACGGUGGUGGGCGAUGACCAAUGGGGUCACCUCCAGGUCGAUGCCACCUCCAUCUACCUGCUCACUCUGGCCCAGAUGACCGCCUCAGGUCUUCGCAUCAUUUCAAACCUGGAUGAAGUAGCUUUUAUUCAAAACCUCGUCUUCUACAUUGAAGCUGCAUAUAAAGUAGCAGAUUUUGGAAUGUGGGAACGUGGGGACAAAACUAAUCAAGGCAUUGCUGAGUUGAAUGCCAGUUCUGUGGGUAUGGCCAAGGCAGCUCUUGAAGCCAUAGACGAGCUGGAUCUCUUUGGUGCACACGGAGGACCCAAGUCUGUGAUCCAUGUCUUACCUGAUGAAGUUGAACACUGCCAGUCCAUCCUGUGCUCCAUGCUGCCGAGAGCUUCACCUUCAAAGGAGAUCGAUGCCGGGCUUCUGUCGGUCAUUUCUUUUCCUGCUUUCGCUGUUGAAAACGCAGAGCUAGUGGCUAUUACAAAGUUAGAGAUCAUAAACAAAUUACAGGGACGUUAUGGCUGCUGCCGGUUUAUCAGAGAUGGAUAUCGCUGUCCCAAAGAGGACCCCACACGGCUACACUAUGACCCAGCUGAGCUCAAACUGUUUGAGAACAUCGAAUGUGAGUGGCCCCUUUUCUGGACCUACCUGAUCCUGGAUGGGGUUUUUUCUGGAGACCAUGGACAGGUGGAGGAGUAUCGAGAGGCAUUAGAGGGCAUUUUGAUCAGACAGAAGAACGGCAUCAAACUGCUACCUGAGCUGUAUUCAGUCCCACAUGACAAGGUGGAGGAGGAGUACAGGAACCCUCACACUGUGGACCGCGUGUCUUUGGGGCAGCUGCCUCACAUGUGGGGUCAGUCCCUCUAUAUCGUGGGCUCUCUGCUGGCUGAGGGUUUCUUGGCACCAGGAGAGAUUGAUCCCCUCAACAGGAGGUUCUCUACAAGUGUGAAGCCAGAUGUUGUUGUACAAGUUUGUGUUUUGGCUGAGUCGGAGGAGAUCCAAGAGCUUCUCAGUGACCUCGGGUUCAAAGUUCAGAAGAUGUCAGAGGUUCAACCGAUCCGAGUUCUGCCUGCACGAAUCCUCAGCCACAUCUACGUCCGCCUUGGGCACUGUAAGAAGCUAAAUUUAAGUGGGAGACCAUACAGACACAUUGGAGUUUUAGGAACAUCCAAGUUUUAUGAAAUCAGAGACCGAUCUUAUAUAUUCACUCCACAGUUUUUGGAUCAGCACCAUUUCUACCUGGCUCUUGAUAACCAAAUGAUCGUGGAGAUGUUACGGACUGAAGUGGCGUAUUUGUCGUCUUGCUGGAGGAUGACCGGACGCCCCACUCUCACGUUCCCCAUCACACGCAGCAUGUUAGUUGACGACGGAGAUGCCAUAGAUCCUUGUAUCAUCACAACUCUUCGUAAACUUCAGGACGGCUAUUUCGUUGGAGCAAGAGUGCAGAUGGCUGACCUGUCCAGUUUUCAGACCACAUCAUUUCACACUCGCCUCAGUUUCCUUGACGAAGAAAAUGAUGAGUUUCAGGAAGACAUCGAUGAUGAUGAAGAGGAGUUAGGAGACAAUUAUGACACCUAUGGGUCUUCAGAAAACACGAAGGACAUCUUUGAGCAGUACUUGACCCAGCUUCUCCACAGCACGAACACAAAGAGCCACCUCCCUCCCAUCCAGAGGGGGCAGCACCAUGUCUUCAGUGCAGAACACACCACUCGCGACAUCCUGUCACUCAUGGCCAAAGUCCAAGGCUUCAACAUCCCUCAGGCUUCCAUGUACCUCCCUGUCACUCCUGCCAUGACCACCCGAAAACACAGAAAAACCCUGAACUUACUGGAGGUGCCUCAUCUUCACCACGGACCCCUCACAAAGCAGCAGAAGCCCCACAGUGUAGCUGACCUCCAUCUGCCGCGGGAUGCUCAGGGGAACACAGACUUCUCAACUUUAGUGAAACAGCUAAAGGAAUGUCCCACUCUACAGGACCAGGCCGACAUCCUCUACAUACUCUACAUGAUGAAAGGUCCAGACUGGCCCGUGGAGCUCUCUGGUCCUGGUCAGGAGGGUGUGACUGUGCGUGUGCUGCUGGAGGAGCUGUAUGCUCAGGCUGGAGCCUCCAAAGAGUGGGGCCUCAUCAGAUACAUCUCUGGGAUGCUCCGCAAGAGGGUGGAGGUCCUGGCUGAGGCCUGUACAGACCUCAUCUCUCACCACAAACAGCUGACAGUUGGACUUCCGCCUGAGCCAAGAGAGAGAAUCAUCACUGUGCCCCUCCCUCCAGAAGAACUCAACAAUCUCAUUUAUGAAGCCAGUGGACAGGACAUUAGCAUUGCUGUUCUCACCCAGGAGAUCAUGGUGUAUUUGGCCAUGUACGUGCGUUCUCAGCCCUCUCUGUUCGGGGACAUGCUCAGGCUCAGGAUUGGGCUCAUUAUGCAGGUGAUGGCGACAGAGCUGGCACGCAGCCUCCACUGCUCCGGUGAGGAGGCGUCUGAGAGCCUGAUGAGCCUCAGUCCUUUUGGGAUGAAGAGUUUGCUCCAUCACAUCCUCAGUGGGAAAGAGUUUGGGGUGGAGCGCAGUGUGCGCCCGAUCCAGUCCACCGCCACCAGCCCUGCCAUCUCCAUCCGUGAAAUCGGCCACACCGGAGCCACCAAAACUGAGCGCACAGGGAUUCACAAACUCAAGAGCGAAAUCAAACAGAUCAUCAGCGGAGGUCAUUCGUUGAGUAGCACAGUCACCUCUCCUCGUUCAACGCGCUGCAGCAGCCCCUCCACCCCGAGCGGGAUCCUGUCCCCGGUCAGCUCUUGUCCAGGGGAGGGGCAGCUGAUCUGGGAGGACCGUCAGGGGCAGUGGCUGAGGAGGCGUAGGCUGGAUGGGGCGAUAAACAGAGUCCCUACUGGAUUCUAUCAAAAAGUCUGGAAGAUCCUGCAGAAGUGCCAUGGGCUGUCUAUAGAUGGAUAUGUGCUGCCCUCCUCCACCACCAGUGAGAUGACGGCUGGAGAGAUAAAGUUUGCGGUUCAGGUGGAGUCAGUGCUGAACCAUGUGCCACAGCCUGAGUACAGACAGCUGCUGGUGGAGACGCUCAUGGUGCUGGGGCUGGUCGCGGACGUCGACGUGACCACGAUUGGGAGCAUUAUUCACGUCGACCGAAUACUGCAUUUGGCCAACGAUUUCUUCCUCAGCGACCAGAAAUCCAUAAGUGCUGGUGACUACUUCUUGGAAAAGGACCCCGCGACGGGCAUCUGCAACUUCUUCUACGACAGCGCCCCCAGUGGCAGCUACGGGACAAUGACCUAUCUGUCCAAAGCCGCGGUCACCUACGUUCAAGACUUCCUGCCCAACACAAGCUGCCUGGUACAGUGAAGACUCUCCUCGUGUGACUGAACUGGCCCAAAACUACAACAAAAUGCACUUAUAGCUGUGAUAAUAUUAGCAGUACUGUUGUUGUCAUGGCAAUUGCUGAAAAAAAAAACAUUUAAUCUUUGCAAUCAUAAGAAAUCACGAUUUUUGUGCUUCCAGUGAUUAGCCUGUAUGGUAAAAUGUCAAAGCUAAACUGUAACUGAAGAGAGAAAGAAGCAAAACUGAACUGAACUAAAGGAGGUUGUUGACUGAGAAC